UUGUGGGCUUUUUGUUCUAUCUAUCUGAGAGAGAGGAGAGAAAGAAGCAAAAGGGAUCUCAAGUGACCCUAAAGCCUUCUGCAUAUAUAUUUUUGUAUCAUUUAAUAACCUAACAAUCGACAUGGCCAUAUUUGAUCUCCACCAUCCAUGGCUCUUUGUGUUCGGAGUCUUAGGAAACAUUAUCUCCAUAUUCGUCUUCUUGGCUCCAGUGCCAGCAUUUCGACGAAUCUGUAAAGAAAAAUCGACCAUGGGUUAUCAAUCGCUGCCAUACGUGGUAGCACUAUUUUCGUCCAUGCUGUGGAUGUAUUAUGCGUUUAUCAAGAAAAAUGCCAUUCUUCUCGUCUCCAUCAACUCAUUUGGUUGCGUUGUCGAGACCAUUUACAUCACCAUUUUCAUUCUCUACGCAUCCAAGGAGGCUAGGAGACAAACAGUGCAGCUUUUGGUAGGAUUAAUUGGAGUAUUGUACACACUGAUAUUUCUAGUGACUUUGUUCCCUUUGAACGGAGUCCUUCGAGUACAAGUUGUGGGUUGGAUUUGUGUAACCAUUGCAGUACUUGUGUUUGCAGCACCACUUAGCAUUGUGUUUCAAGUGGUUAGGACAAAGAGUGUGGAAUUCAUGCCCUUCACCCUAUCUUUCUUUCUUACGUUGAGUGCUAUCAUGUGGUUUGGCUAUGGUCUCCUUCAAAAGGACCUGUGUAUUGCACUACCAAAUGUAUUGGGUUUCUUCCUUGGAAUGAUUCAAAUGUUGCUAUAUGGACUUUACCGAAACGUAAAACCAUCAGAUGAUUUAGAGAAAAAGGUGCCAGAACAUGUAAUAAACAUGGUUCCCGUAGUAAACUCAGAACAGAUACAUCCUGUUAAAAGUGAGGACAUGAUCAAGAAACUUGAUGAUGUGGAAGCUGAUCAGCCGUCCGAUGAAGAGAAUACCGUAAUCCCACCGUUGGCUAACGACUAUGAGAAUGAAGAACGUAACGGUGGCGAGGUGGCACAAGUGAACUUGCAGCCAUUUGAGACACCAGUGCUUGUGGUGUGUGCUGCAUAAGCUGAAGUCUUUAAUUAAUCUUUCAAAUUAUUUAACCGUUUUAAUUACUGGCUUACUGCCUAUCUGCUUGUAUGUUUCGUUUCUUUUUUUCUUUUUGUUUUUAAUUUCUUUGUAAUUAUUUAUAUAUAUUUCUCCCUACCUACCAUUUCCAUUUCUCUCUGUAUAAAGAGGAAAAGAGAAAUUGUAUGAAUCGAAAGGCCGUUCUAUUAUUAACAAAUAAAUUUACAAUGUUACGUU